AUGUCUUCCUCCCAACCGCAGAAUCGUCUUCGCGUCGCAGUCAUUGGAGGCGGAAUGGCUGGACUCGUCCUCACUCUGUUCCUGCAGAAACACAGCCCCGACGUGCAGGUCGACAUAUACGAAUCCGCCCAAGCGUUGUCCGAAGUCGGCGCGGGCAUCGCCAUGUGGCCGCGCGUGUGGGAGAUCGUAGUGCAGCUCGGCUUCGAGGAGGAGCUGAACGAGAUCGCUUCGGGCAGCGCUGGGGAAAAACCCUCUUUUACCUACUACAAGGGCGACCAACCGGAAAUGCAGGUUGCGUUCCCGACGAAGUAUCUAGCGCGCACGUUCCAUCGCUCGCAACUCCAGACUCUGUUCGCGAAGCACAUCCAGAACGUAGACCAAGUGAUCCACUUUGGGAAGCGCCUCUCCGACUACGUCGCGCCCGCGUCGGGAACGGGGGAGAUCAUCCUGAACUUCCGCGACGGGACAAGUGCCACCUGCGAUGUCGUGCUCGGCAGUGAUGGGAUCCGCUCUGCGGUGCGCCACACGAUGUACGAGGACAUGGCCAAGGCGGCGUCGGACGAGAAAGCGGCCGCCGAGCUGCGCCAAGUCUCUGUGCCGAUCUGGUCCGGCAACAUCGUCUACCGCGGGUUGGUUCCGGUAGAGGGUCUUUCGGAAGACAUGAAGGCCGACGUAGUCACUUGGAACCGUGCUUUCCUCGGGAAGAAUCAACAUAUCGUCUGCUACCCAAUUGCCCAGAACAAGUUCAUCAAUCUUGCGAGUUUUGUUUUCACCCCCGAGGGAGAGGGCACCCAGUAUGACGGACCUUGGGUCUCCCACGUUUCUGCCGAAGCGGUGGUGGAGAAGUUCGGCGGAUGGGAUCCACUCAUCCAGACCCUCAUGAAGGGUAUGUGUGAUCCGCUCGCAUGGGCAGUAAACAGGUUGAAAAAGUUGCCCACUUUCUCUUCCGGCCGUGUCGCUCUUCUCGGAGAUGCGGCGCACGCCAUGACGCCCUUCCAAGCCUCCGGUCUUGGGCAAGCCAUCGAGGAUGGCUUCGUCCUCGCCUCGAUCCUCUCCCAAACGAACGUGACGGUGUCCAACGUCGCGUCCGCGCUCAAGAUCUAUGACAAGAUCCGGCGACCGUUUGCGCAGAACAUCCAGCGGCUCUCGGACGCGAACGGGCAAUGUCAGCACCUACGCCAGGGCGGGUGGGAGGACGUCACGGCCGAGGAGAGCUUGCGAGGCGGAUUCGCGCAGGAUCGUUUCGACGGUGUGUCCGAGCUUCUGGCCUCGCAUAUGAAGUGGGCGCAAGAGUCGAGCGUGAUGGACGACAGGGACGAGGCUUUGAGGAUGGCAAAGGAGCUGACGGCUUGA